UGUAGAGUUGAAUGUUAGUUGUUAGCAUUUAAUUAAUUUUAAAAGUAAUUUUAUCUUACGUUAUUCAUUCACCUAAAUUAAAGCAAGUUAACUUGAAAUUGUGACAGCUAUGCCAGAGACCUGGGUGUUGAUUGAGGUACAGAGUGUUGAUGUAAGCAAGAGCAGUUUAACAAACAUGGAGAACAAUGAAGGAGAUACCUAUCAGUGUCAGCAUUGCAGAGUGGCGUUUACAAAACUUGCCUAUUUGAAUAAACAUUUGAGGUACCGACAUGGUGGCGGUGGAAUUACCAACGGGGCUCCGGAUCUGAUUGGUGACGCCGGUGAACUUUCUUCCCAGUCAAAUAACUUUCCCCAACACCGGAUCAUGUGUAUGGCAGAAACACCUUACACGUGUGACGUGUGUGGUAAAUGUUUCACGCAGCUUCGGGAUUUCCAGACACACCUUAGAAUUUUCACUGAAGAGAAGCAUUACUAUUGUGUACAGUGUGGUGAAUGUUUUCAACAGUAUCAUGCUGUACAGAAUCAUUUUAGAUGGCAUACAGAAGAAAACCAUUACAAUUGUGGUAAAUGUUGCAAACAGUCUACACGUAAGCCACCAUUGUUUUCUAAACACCCAGUGCACCCUAUCAUAGCAGAGACACGGGGGAAUUGUAAAUUAUGCUAUUUAACUGAUAAAACGAUUAGAAGAACAUUUGUGAAGUGUAGUGUGUGUGAUAAUUUUUUAUGUUUUGUGAAAGGCAGAAAUUGUUUGGCAAAAUAUCAUGUACUUUAACAUAAUUGAACUAUUGAGGUACAAAAAUUUAUCGGUUUAAUUUUAAUAGAAAACAGUGCAGUCAUUUUAAGAUGUGUAAAAAUAUCUAUUUCCUGAUUUAUUUUAAUAUUUAGAAAUAUUUAAAAUGUUUAUGUUUAUAUGUAAAUGGAUAUAAAGUAUUAAAUUCUAUCAUUUGUUUUUUAUUAAUAACUUUUGGAUAUAAGUUUUUUUUUAACUAUCUCUCUGUUUUUAUGAUAUAAAAUCAACACUAACAGCUAUAACCUAAAUCCCUAAUCUAAUAUCAAACAUGAUACAAUUACCAAGAAAUUGAUGGAUGAUGUAUUAGUCACCUAUUGUUCUUGCUUGACGUAUAGUCAAAAGCAUGCUCUCUGCUGC